AUGGAGCUGAGCAAGAAGCAUUUCAUGUUAAUUUCUUUUUUUAUCAUUCUUUCAUCUCUUGGAAUUGAGGCUACUAAGGAGCCACCAAGAACUGGCAAGCACUUUGUGCUAAUUCAUGGUUCAUGCCUUGGAGCUUGGUCCUGGUACAAGCUUGUGACACUACUAAAAUCUUCUGGUCACAAUGUCACUGCACUAGAUUUAGCUGCUUCUGGGAUCAAUCCAUUGCAGGCAAAUGAUCUCCAAUCAAGUUUUGACUAUUUCAAGCCCUUGAGGGACUUCAUGGAAGCUCUUCCUUCUCAUGAAAGAGUAAUCCUUGUUAGUCAUAGCCUUGGUGGCAUGGCAAUUUCUCAAGCCAUGGAAUAUUUUCCAAGUAAGAUCUCUGUAGCUGUUUUUGUCACUGCCUUAAUGCCUGGGCCAACCCUCAACAUUUCCACCCUCAAUCAAAUGUCUUUCAGCCAACAAGGCCCUCUGCUUGACAGUCACUAUAUAUAUGACCAAGGCCCAAACAAUCCUCCAACCACUUUCAUCUUCGGGCCCUUGUACUUGGCAUCAGAUGUGUUCCAACUUAGCCCAAUUGAGGAUUUGACACUGGCCACCUUGUUGUUGAGACCACUACGUUUGUUUAGUGAUGAAGACCUAUCAAAGCAGCUAAUGCUGUCCUCUGAGAAUUAUGGGUCGGUUAAACGGGUUUACAUCAUAUCCGAAAAAGAUAAGGUGGCAAGGAGGGAUCUUCAACUGUGGAUGAUUGAGAGAAAUCCACCCAAUGAUGUGGUGGAGAUCAAAGGAUCUGAUCACAUGGUCAUGAUGUCUAAGCCAAUAGAGCUUUGGGCUCAUCUCCAAGGCAUUGCUGAGAAAUAUUCUUAUCCCAUUUUCUAA